CGUGAGCGUUGUGAACAUCAACAAAAGAGAGAAGAAGAGAAAGGAGAAAGAAGAGAAGACGAGAAGGACUGUACGCUACAGCACAAGACAACAGAUAUGUGGAUUUAAUUUGCAACAACAGUGAAAAAACUGUGCUGAAACCAAGAGAUUACUUCCUCCAGUGCCGGCUCAAACAUGGAUGCCUUCAAGCUGAUGAAGGAGCUGAGGGUGAAUUAUGAGCAGGAGGCUUAUUAUCUCCCUAAAGAGACGGGGCUGAGCCUCAUCGAAUCCACAACACGGGAUGACAGCCGGAUCUCGGCCAAGUGCAGAGACGCCAAAGUGGAGGACCUGUGGAGUCUGACCAGUUUCUUCGGUUACAGCACGCAGACCUUUGUCCUGGCUGUUAACCUGCUGGACAGAUUCCUGGCCAUGAUCAGGAUCCAGCCGAAGCACCUGUCCUGCGUCAGCAUCAGCUGCCUCCACAUGGCGGCCAAAGUGACGGAGGAGGAGUGCAACCUGGCGCCUACCGACGAACUCAUCCGCAUCGGACAGUGCAGGUUCACCGUGUCCGACCUGUGCCGCAUGGAGAAGAUCGUCGCCGAAAAGCUCAACUUCAAGUCCAAAGCCAUCACUGCCUUAACCUUUCUGGAGCUGUACCACCAGAUCACACUGUCACACUCCACAGACAGGAAGCAGACUCUGAGCCUGGAGAAGCUGGAAGCUCAACUCAAAGCCUGUCUGUGCAGGAUCUCCUUCUCUAAAGCAAAGCCGUCCGUAUUAGCCCUCUCCCUCCUGAGGCAGGAGAUCGAAGCCGUGCAGUCGGAGGACAUGUUGGAAAUAGCCUAUCACAUCCAGAGACACCUAAAGAUUACAGACGCCGAGCUGCUGCUGUGGAGCGAGCGUGUGGCGCUGUGUCUGUCGGACUACGCCUCCCCCGAAUGCAGCAAGCCCAACCACAGGAAGCUGCAGUGGAUCGUGUCACGGCGGACCGCCCAGAACCUGCACAGCUACCGCACCGUCCCCGAGCUGCCCACCAUCCCAGAGGGAUGCUGGGAUGAGAGCGAGAGCGAGGACUCCUGUGAGGACGUCAUGAGCUCAGGCGAGGAGUCCCUCAGCAGCUCUCUGGGCAGCGAUGCCGAGGGGCCCUUCUUCCCUCUGCACCUCCGCCGCCAAAAACACCGCCAGCACCUCCACGCCUGACGCCUCCAACCACCACCACGUGCCUCGCCGUCUCCGCCUCCCCCUCUCUCUCUCUAACUUCUUAACCUUGAAGUCUUUAAUUUACUGUGUAGUAAGCUCCGGUGCUGGCGGAGAGUCACACAACUGGCAGCUGAGCGGUCCGGACUCUUCCUGGUAGACUGUAGUGUGUAGAUGUGUCGGUGCAUGUUGAGAUGUCACAUUCCAGGACGCCAGAUUUUAACGUUAAACAAGCGACGUUAGGUUAACUCGGUGCAGCGUCUGGUUUUUAAGGUGCUGAGAUAGAACGCGCCGAUUUUAAAAAUUCUCAGAUGUCAAGUUAAACCAGAAUCGGUUCAUGUUCUCGACAAGAUGAUUUGCCAAAAUGUGGUAUUUAUUUAAUAGAAUGUUUUUCUUUUUACUGUUAUUAAUCUAAGACUGCUUUUAUUGAGAGGAAGGAGGAGUUUUAUUUGAUGUGCAGAAGCUGAGAGCGGCUCGUUCUCGAGGUGAUCGAGACUUCUGAGACCUCAAGGUACAGAAAGAAGUCAGUCAGACCAGCUGACGUGAUCGCCACUAAACCGUCUCUAUUUUCUGGACUACAGGGUUGAAAGCUGAAUUCAAGCUUUGACAGAAAACUGUUGCUCUCACUUCUGUAGCAAAGUUUCAUUUGCACACUUUUCUUUUUGUGUUAAACGGGCAGACUGGACGUUUGAGUUUGUGUCUCGGGGAGGAGAUGUGAAUCCGCUCCAUUUCGACCCUGCGGGGUGUCCAGAUAAAAACAUUUAACGAGUGUAUGUCUGUGGAUGUGUGUACGUAUGACUCUGGUUUAAAACUUAAAGUUGAUUGUUUCUAGGAUGUAGCUUAAAAUAAAAAAAAGUUGUUGGUGUUUUUUCCGCGAGGAUGCUGUAUGGAACAAAAUAACGCUGACUGCGUGUCAACAAAAAGUUGAAAAAAUUUCAAAAAUGUAAAAAAAUGUUAAUACAAAAACCAUGUAAAACUGUAAAUGAUGUACAAAAAAAUCUGUUAAUAGUUCUUUGUAGAUAUUAAGUUAUUUAUUAUCAUUUUGUCACCUGUACUGAAAAAAAGUCUAAAAUCUUAUAAAAAAUGUUAUUUUUAAA